GCCCUUCGGUUUCCUCACUCCCCUUUCUCCCCACCGCGCGCAGCCGCGCACGCCAGCAGCAGCCAGCCUCCCUAUCCCCGAGGAGAGUGCUAAAACCCUAGAGCCCCUCGCGAAAGGGGUUUUUCGAUUUGCUGGCGAUGCGGACCGCCGAGGAGAAGGGCAAGAGGGCGAGGACCGACGGCGCCGAGGAAGAUGGGGGAGAGCCCAUCGACCGCGCCCUCCUCCUCUCCAUCGAGAAGCUCCAGGAGGUCCAGGACGAGAUCGAGAAGGUUAAUGAGGAAGCAAGCAAUGAGGUUUUAGAGGUGGAACAGAAAUACAAUGAAAUUCGCAGACCAGUUUAUGCUCGACGCAAUGAAGUUAUCCAGAAAAUUCCAGAUUUCUGGCUGACAGCGUUCCUAAGCCAUCCUAUGCUCGCUGAUCUUUUAACCGAGGAUGAUACACAGAUUUUUAAACACUUGGAAUCUGUAUUUGUGGACUCAGAGGAUGUUAAAUCGGGCUGCUCUAUUACUCUAACCUUUUCUUCCAAUCCAUAUUUCGAAGAUAAAAAGCUUACAAAGACGUAUUCCAUGAGUGAUGAUGGAACAAUCACAGUAAAGGCUACCUCCAUUAAGUGGAAGGAAGGAAUGGAUAUUGUCAAUGGAAAGGCAUGCACCAAGCAGGGUGACAAGCGACUACUGGUUGAUGAAAGUUUCUUCACUUGGUUCAGUGAUACAGAGAAUGAAAGUUUUGCUCACGGUGAGAUGGAUCAGGUGGCAGACGUCAUCAAGGAAGAUUUGUGGCCUAAUCCUUUGAAGUAUUUCAACAAUGAGCUAGAAGGCGAGUUUGAACAAGAGGAUGAUGAAGAGGGAUCUGAUGAGGAGGAAGCCAAAGAUGAAGAUGAGGAGGAUGAAGAGGAGACCUGAGUCCUCUUCUAUUCAAAUCGGGUUUGAUAACUUAUGUCUGCAGAAUGAGUGAGACCGGGCCUCCAGAGGGCUGUGGAAAGAAGUGUCCCCUUUUGCGGUGUUUGGUGCUUGCCUUAGUUGGUUUAGGAGCUAUUUUCAGAACUUCGGUUUAUGGAUUGAGAAGCGAACUCAUGGGUGUUUCUGUACGUGCAAAUGUAAUCCACUACUUGGCCUUCUAAUUAUUUGCUGUAGUUGCAGAAAGUAUCGAUAGCUAUCAUGGCUAUUCGAGUAUUCGUAGUAUUUGUGCGCAAUGCUCUUGCCCAUCCUGGUGGUGGUGUUGGUGUUGGGGGGUUAUGCAGUGGAUUUCUUAUGAA